GCAAACGAGGCUCCAGGGGAUGGCUCCGAGAGGCUAGGAGGAGUGAGCAGCGCAGGGAGGCUAACCUUGAGCAAAGGAGUGGCCGCUCCUGUUCACAAUGAAGCCUGCCCCGCUGUCCCCCGACUGUCUGUGAGGUUCCCCAAGAAGGCUGCGGGGCCAAUGGCCCCGUAGUGAAAGACAGAGAAGCUUCUAGAGAUCUGCUGAGAACAGGCGCCUGGAGACAACAGUGGUGGACAGGCAAAACAACUCGAAUCCGAAGAGAUGAAAUCGCCAAGGACAGCCGCGUUCUGCUUCAUGCUUAUUGUGAUCUGCUCUUCUGAAACGACAUUGAGCGUGACUACACAGCCCAUUGUUCAUCCUUCGAUUCUCCAUGACCAUGGACUGGCAGAGGAAGAGCCUCUGAGGCAGAGACGAGCAGUUGCGGAGGGUGGCCCCGUGGAGGAAGAAUACACUGUGGAUAUUGAGAUCAGUCUUGAAGACAUCUCCUUCCUGGAGUCUGUCAAAGCUCUCUUGAACAGCCUCAGUCUUCCGAUUCAAGGAAACAGCACUGACCCAGGCACUGACAUCGUGAGCGUGGCAGUGACAACAGUCUGCACACCUGCUGGAAAUGACCUCUUGUGCUCCUGUGAGAAAGGCUAUGUGUGGCCUCGGGAAAGGUGUCUCCACAGUGUCACUUGUCAAGAGCAUGACAGUGCCCUGUCAGGCCACCACUGCAGUUGUCUGAAAGGACUUCCUCCCCAGGGACCUUUCUGCCAGCUCCCAGAAGCAUAUAUUACCUUAAAAAUCAGAGUCAGACUGAACAUAGGAUUUCAAGAAGACCUCAAGAACACAUCCUCUGCCCUCUAUAGGUCCUACAAGACUGACUUGGAAAGAGCGUUCCGAGAGGGUUACAAAACUUUGCCAGGAUUCAGAUCGGCGAUUGUGACCCAGUUCACCAAAGGCAGCGUGGUUGUGAACUAUGAGGUCCAGCUAUCAUCGGCACCACAGCCUGGAUCAUUUCACAAAGCCAACCAGCAGGUCACACAGAACCUUAACCAGACUUACAAAAUGGACUACAACUCCUUCCAAGGAACGCCGAGCAAUGAAACGAAGUUCACCGUUAUACCGGAAGUCAUCUUUGAAGGAGACAACGUCACUCUGGAGUGUGAAAGUGAAAUCGUGUCCUCCAACACAUCUUGGUAUUAUGAAGGAAGACGCUUGGACAUGAAGGAUGGCGGCAGAUUCUCCAUUCACACCUCCGUCCUCAACAACAUGAGCUUGGUCUCCCGCCUCAUCAUUUAUAACUUCACGAAGCAUGAUGCAGGUGAAUAUCGUUGCAAGCUGACCUUGGAUAUUUUUGAAUUUGGGGACUUCAGAAAACUAGAUGUCACCCCCAUUCGGAUUUUGGCCAAGGAAGAGAGGAAGGUGGUGUGUGAUAGCAACCCUAUAUCUCUGAACUGCUGCAGCGAGAACAUUGCAAACUGGAGUAAAAUCGAAUGGAAGCAGGAAGGGGAAAUAAGAAUUCUAGGGAACCCAGAAACAGACCUGGAAUCUAGCUGUAGCACUUACACCCUCAAGGCAGAUGGAACCCAGUGUCCCAGUGGGUCUUCUGGAACCACAGUCACCUACACGUGUGAGUUCGUCAGUCCCUACGGAGCCACAGGCAGUAAGAACAUAGCUGUGACAUUCAUCUCUGUAGGAGAUAAUUCCAGCUACAAAGGGGAAGUGCCCGAGGUCCUCAGGCAUGUGAUGGAAGUGAGUACAGUUCAGAGCACCACCGGGAACAGCCUAGAAACAAGUAAAGCCCAGGAGCAGCAAGCCAACCUAACAAUAACCUCGGACCCAAUUUCUGUUUCUGAGGGACAACGCUUUUCUAUAACAUGCACCAGCGAUGUGGUUAACUAUGAUGAGGUAUACUGGAACACUUCAGCUGGUAUUAAAAUCCAUCCAAGGUUUUAUACCAUGGAGAAGUAUCAGGAUAGAGCGGAGUCGGUGCUGACGGUGCAGACCUCCACCAGGGAGUGGAAUGGAACCUACCACUGCAUAUUUCGAUACAAGAAUUCAUACAGUGUCGCCACCAAAGAUGUCACCGUCCACCCACUGCCUCUGGAGUCAGAUAUCAUGAUGGAUCCUUUGGAAGCCAGUGGUCUGUGCACCAGUUCCCAUCAGUUCAAGUGCUGUGUGGAAAAGGAGGAAGGGGAAGAAUACUCUGUGACUUUCCACGUCGAUUCCUUAUCCUUUCCUGCUGAGAAAGAAGUCAAUGGCAAGCAGGCAUGCUACAAAUACAGUCUCCCGGCAAACGCACCGCGCUGGUGUCCCCAACACAUCGAUGUGUUUUGCCACUUUACCAAUGCAGCUAACAGUUCAGUCCGGAGCCCACCAAUGAAGCUUACCCUUCUUCCAGGGGAGAACAUCACAUGCCGGGAUCCUGUGAUAGGGAUCGGGGAGCCUGGGAAAAUCAUCCAGAAGCUGUGCCAGUUCUCCAGUGUUUCCAGAAGCCCUGGCCAGAUCAUCGGUGGGACCAUCACGUACAGAUGUGUGGGCUCCCAGUGGAAGGAGGAGAAAAGAGGCUGCAUCUCGGCCCCCAUCAACGGUUUGCUCCGGCUGGCCAAGGCAUUGAUCAAGAGCCCCUCACAGGACCAGAAGCUCCCUAUAUACCUGAGGGACCUUUCUGCUAGUUCUGUGAAGGAGGAACAGGAUAUCCGCUCAUCUCCAGGGAGCCUGGGAGCCGUCAUUAGCAUCCUUGAUUUGCUCGCAACAGUUCCAACCCAAGUGACUUCAGAAAUGAUGAGGGAUAUCCUUGCUACCAUCAAUGUCAUCUUAGACAAGUCCACCUUGAACUCCUGGGAGAAGUUACGACAGCAACAGAACAACCAGAGCUCUCAGUUCCUGCAUUCCGUGGAAAGGUUUACCAAAGCCCUGCAGCUGGGAGACCACACCCCUCCGUUCCUCUUCCACCCUAAUGUUCAGAUGAAGAGCAUGGUCAUAAAACAUGGCCACCCCCACCACCCCCAAGCCUACCAACAGAAGUUUGUCUUCACAGACUCCGACCUGUGGGGUGAUGUUGCCAUUGAUGAGUGUCAGCUGGAAAGCCUGCAGGCCAAGUCAUCGAUUGUCACUGUGGCUUUCCCGACUCUCAAAGCCAUCCUUGCCAAGGAUGCGCAGAAAAAGACGGCUUCCAACAGCUUAGUGAUGACCACCACCAUCAGCCGCAGCAUCAGCAAGCCGUUUAGGAUCGCCAUGACUUUUAAGAACAGCCGUCGUGCAGGCGGCACGCCGCAGUGUGUCUUCUGGAACUUCAGCCUUGACAACUAUGCAGGGGGGUGGGACAGCAGUGGCUGUUCUGUGGAGGAGGAUGGUCGGGACACCAGGGACAGGGUCUUCUGCAAGUGUAACCACCUGACCUCAUUCUCCAUCCUCAUGUCCCCAGACUCCCCAGAUCCAGGAUCUCUCCUAAAAGUACUUCUGGAUAUCAUUUCUUACAUUGGGUUGGGCUUUUCCAUCUUCAGCUUAGCGGCUUGUCUGGUCGUGGAAACCAUGGUGUGGAAAUCAGUGACCAAGAAUCGGACUUCCUAUAUGCGCCACAUCUGCAUAGUUAACAUUGCUUUUUGCCUUCUGAUUGCUGACGUCUGGUUCAUUGUGGCUGGUGCUAUCCAUGAUGGUUACUACCCACUCAACGAAACCGCCUGCGUGGCCGCCACCUUCUUCAUUCACUUCUUCUACCUCAGUGUCUUCUUCUGGAUGCUGACCCUGGGCCUCAUGCUCUUCUACCGCCUCAUUUUCAUUCUACAUGAUGCAAGCAAGUCCACCCAGAAAGCCCUGGCCUUUUCCCUGGGCUAUGGCUGUCCACUCAUUAUCUCCUCCAUCACAGUGGGCGUUACCCAGCCGCAGGAAGUCUACAUGAGGAAGAACGCAUGUUGGCUCAACUGGGAGGACACCAGAGCACUCCUGGCUUUUGCCAUCCCGGCACUGAUGAUUGUGGUGGUGAACGUGAGCAUCACAGUUGUGGUCAUCACCAAGAUCCUGAGGCCUUCCAUCGGAGACAAGCCAGGCAAGCAGGAGAAGAGCAGCCUGUUCCAGAUCAGCAAGAGCAUCGGGGUCCUCACGCCCCUCUUGGGGCUCACUUGGGGUUUCGGUCUUGCCACUGUGAUCCAGGGGAGUAAUGCUGUGUUCCACAUCAUAUUUACCCUCCUCAAUGCCUUCCAGGGACUCUUCAUUCUCCUCUUCGGCUGCCUCUGGGAUCAGAAGGUGCAGGAAGCCCUGCUGAAUAAGUUUUCAUUGUCAAGGUGGUCUUCUCAGCACUCAAAGUCAACAUCCCUGGGUUCAUCGACACCUGUGUUUUCUAUGAGUUCUCCAAUAUCCAGAAGAUUUAAUAAUCUUUUUGGUAAAACAGCAGCCCCAAAGGUCCCCCCAGACAGUGAUGGAAACCCUGUUAGCAGUGGCAGUUCAUCAUACUGAUGGAACAUAUAACGUUUCCACCCCAGAAACAACCAGUUCGUCUGUGGAAAAUUCAUCCAGUGCCUAUUCACUGCUUAACUAGGACCAGACAAAACCAAGUCCGCAGAGCAUCUCAGAAACAGGGCACAUGCCGAGAAAAGGGGCCCGUCCAAAACUCUGGGUAAAGUGUUCUCUCCGCAGACUUCUGGGGGCAGAUGCUGAAGAGACUCUUUCAGUAGAGAAGACCCUUUGUUUUGUAAAGACAGACUAAAAGCAAUUACUAUGUUUAUUUUUGUUUUCACCCCUAUCCCUUAUAUAAUGCCAAAUAUGUAUAGUAUUUAAAAGAAACCCCCUAGGGCCCAACUUUUCUAUAUGUAUUGUAAAAUAGAAUUUUGAAGAGAGUUUUUGCCCCACCCCACCCCGCAUUGGCCACAAAUAUAAGUGUUGAUUGGAGUUGUAAGUAAAAGGCUAGUACUCCGGUGUUCAGGGAAUUCAGGGAACAAAGGAAGGGUGAGAAAAAGGAAGGAAGGAAGGGAGGGAGGAAGGGAGGGAGGGAGGGAGAAAGGAAGGAAGGAAGGAAGGAAGGAAGGAAGGAAGGAAGGAAGGAAGGAAGGAAGGAAGGGGGGAUAGUGUAGAAAACAUUAGGGAGCACAUUUUAAGGUUUCCACAUCAAGCUCUAAUAUGAUCACUCAGCACUGAGAAUGAAAAUCUAUGCCUCAAAACUGGACAAUGAAAUCAAGUCAUGGGGGACAAGCUAAGCACAUUCCUGAUGUUUCCCUAGUUUAAAGGGUAGAAUCAAAGACAGAGGAGAAAAUAGGAAGGAAAUCAUGCCAUGCGGAUGCUUCUGACUGGAUGAUGGUAUUUGCGAGCAAUGCGCCCAAGGAGAUCCAUGUCCUCAUGACAAGGACGUGCAUAUGAACCUUUGCGUGUCAAGGCCUGAGCAAAGUAAGAUGAGCACACAGGAAAUUGGACAGCAACUCUGUCAGGUAUUCAAGUAUGGAUUCAUCUCUCAUGGUUUGUCAGAAAAGCACUGUGGGAAAGUUGGUUUGACAUUUUGGAAGCAAUGCGUGUAUCUGUACAUAUUAUACCCAGUUACUGACAAAUUUCAUAUAUUGCACUGAACUCAGACUCCCACAUGUCUUACGUGUAACAGCUUUUCCAGGUACUUUCUGUGCGUUAUAGAUUUUAAUAACUGUGUAGUGUGUACAUUUUUUUUUAUUGCCGCUGUGACUUCAUCCUGACUGUGGAGAUGGUGGCCCCGGUGUGCUGUACAGCUUGCCAUGUACUAGCUCUUCCUGGUCUCCUGUGUUUCCAGACCAAUAUACAUCCAGAGUUUCUGUGG